AUAUUGUGGAAGUACAUACCCUAAUUUCCGAUCUCUAAAGCCCCCUUUAAACCCUUUUCCAUUAAAAUCUCUUCCGCCCCCUUCUUCAUCUGCACUCAUCGCCAUUGAAGAGAGCAGCCAUGACUUUACUUGAACAAAUCCUCAAAUCUUCAACCAACCCACAAACCAAUUCCGAACCUCAAAAAUACCCAUUUACUCUCAGUACCCAAGAAAUCAUCCCACUUCUCAAACCUAAAUUAGAUAACCCUGACCCGUAUUCUCCCCUCCAACCUCUUACAGGCUUCCAAAUCUCCAAACCCGAUUCCAAACUCAUCGAAUCAAACUCCAAAUUCUUCAAAAAACUCAACCGCCUUUUAAAAUCUCCUAACUCUUUAUCAUCUUCAUCCUUCAUUGAAAUGCUCAAUUCUUUCCUUGAGAAAAUUGGGGAAAUCAAAUUUGGGGGUUUAGAAAGUUUAAUUGUAAAAGAUAGUGCUGAAGGUGAAGGUUAUAGUUGCAGAUUACUAGAAAAGCUUGGGUCUUUUGUCGGAAGGGAUGUAAUAGGGUUAAUUAUUGAAGGGAGUUUCGUCUUGGGUAAUUGGGAAAUUUUGAAAACCAUAAUUGUUAACAAGCUUGUUAUUGAUAAUGGGGUUCGAUCUGAUUUGUUGUAUAAGCUGGUUUGCAAGGGUAGAUGUGAUUUCAUAUGCUUAUGUUUAAGGAAUUUUACUUAUUUAGAAUCUUCUGAUUUGGGUAUGAUUCUCAAAUGUUUUCUUUCGCCAUCGAAAGAUGGGUGUUCGUUUAUAAAUCUUGUUAGGAAUGAUUGGGAAACUGAGGCUACAAAUGUGAUUGAGAAAUUGAGUGAGAAAAAACUUAGUGGGAAGAAAUUAGGUUUAGCAAAAGAAGCUGCAUUGUUACUUAUGCUUGCUUAUGAUCAAUUUUCAAGUGCAGAAUUGUGUAUGCAUUUUCUCUUGUCUUCUUCGAGUAUCGAUGAAGUUGUGUUUUCGAGUGCCUUGAGCAAGCUUAAUGCUGAGGAAAUGUUUGGUUUUAUUAGGUAUUUAGGAAGGUGGUUGAGCAAAUAUGAGAGGUUUCCUCAAGUGGGUCCAUGUCCUAAGGGUGUGAUCACAUUGGGAUUGAGCUUGUGUCAAUGGGUUCCUAGUCUUGAAGAUGUUGUAAAGUGUUUUGGAUUGGUUGUGGAUGAGCAUUUUUCGUCGUUGGCGUUGCAUUCGGAGUUUCAUGAGGAGUUGAAAGGGAUUGAAAUGGUUGUUAGUUCUUUGGUUUCUGAAGGUAGAUUGUGUUGUUCUAUGGCUAGUUUGAUUGAGGUAUUGAAACCGGAAUUUGAGGGUGCGUAGCUUGGAUGACUUUCUUUUUUCUAUUGUCAAUUUUAAUGUUAUGAAUCAAUGAUAUAUCUAGAGAAUUGGCUUUUUGAUGUUGAAUGAAAGCUGUAUUUGUUCC